AUGGCUGCCGUAAUCACACCUUUCCAAAGGCUCAAAUGGGGUAUAUUUCCUGUCAGGAGAAUCGUUGAUGAAGACGAGAAUGGAAACUUUAUAGACAUUGAUGAUGAAGGAGUUGCAACAUCCACAGAUGAAAGGGAAAGCUUGGAGAAGACUGACUCGAAAUUGGAAGCUACACAUUCAAUCAAAGUGUCUGAGCCUGAAAUUGAGUAUCGUGAUGAGAAAGAUCGUCCCUGGUGGAAGUUCUUUGACGAAUAUGAGUAUCGAGUCACUACGCAACAGAAAAAGAGUAGAAAGUGGUACAAGUGGUUCCAUGAUGAUGACACACCUGAAGAGAAGAAAGUUAUCACCAAGAUUGAUAUUUUGUUAACUUGUUACUCCCUCAUGGCGUACUGGGUGAAGUAUUUGGAUCAAACGAAUUUGACCAAUGCCUAUAUCGGCGGGAUUAAAGAAGGCAUAGGUAUGGAGGGUAAUGAUUUCAUCAACACACAGGUUUUGUUUUCCGUUGGUAAUAUAAUAUUCCAAAUUCCAUUCAUGUACAUUUUGUAUGCCCUUCCAUUGAAUUACGUGUUACCGGCUUUGGAUUUCAGUUGGUCAGUGUUGACUAUUUGUACAGCCAAGGUGACAAAUGUUCCCGGUCUUAAGGCAAUCCGUUUCUUUAUUGGUGCAUUUGAAGCUCCAUCUUAUAUUGCUUAUCAUGCAUUGUUUGCCUCAUGGUUUCGUGGAAGUACAGGUGAAGUGACACGACGGGCUGGGUUUUACUAUAUUGGACAGUAUCUUGGUGUACUUACUUCAGGUUUGCUUUCAGGCGCAAUUGUGAGAAAUCUAAAUGGUGUUAAUGGAUAUGAAGCAUGGCAGUGGAUUUUCAUCAUUGAUGGGAUAAUUAGUUUUGCCGUUGGUCUUAUUGGUAUCUAUAUGAUCCCAGGUACACCAGAAGAUUGUUACAGCAUCUUUUUAACCGAUGACGAGAUUCGAAUUGCCCGAAGAAGAAUGAGAAAAGAUCAAAAAGAUGCCAAGCCUAGAGAAAAUGCGUUUUACCAUUUCUUCAGUUGGGAAACAUGGAGGAAAGUUCUCACGUCCUGGCACAUUUACAUCUUGGGAUUGUGGAAUAUUUUUUGCUGGAAUAACUCCAGUGGUACUUCUGGUGCUUACCCAUUAUGGCUUCAAUCAUUAACCAAAGACGAUGGUAAAACCCCUCGUUUUAACAAAGGUCAGUUGCAAGAUUACACUGCACUCACGCCAGCGUUGGGUAUAAUAUGGUUGAUUCUCACAAGUACAAUGGCAGACUUGUUCAAUACUCGUUACGGAGCAAUUAUAUUCUCGCAAGUGUUUAAUGUACUUGGAAACUUGUUGCUAGCGAUUUGGGACAUUCCUGAACGUGCCAAAUGGUUUGCAUUUUGUAUGCAAUAUUGGGGCUGGAGCUCAGCCCCAGCUCUUUACUCCUUUUUGGGUGAUAUCUGUCGAAGGGAUCUUCGUCAGCGUCAAAUCAUCUUAGUUGCGUGUAACAUUUUAGCUCAACAAAGUACUGCCUGGAUUGCGACAUUGGUUUGGAAGACUGUUGAAGCACCGAGGUUUUUGAAAGGUUUUAGUUUCACUGCUUCGUCGGGUUUUGCAAUGGCAGUUUGGUCAUUUGUGGUGUUGUAUUUCUACAAGAGACAAGAAAGAGCUGGAGCUCUUGAUAAUAACAUCGUGCUUUAUGAUUCAAGCAAAGAUGAGGAGAAAAAGCAAGCCGAAUAA